UUCACGUACAUACGAUUUACUAACAUUUGAAAGCGGUCGAAGAUACUUAAGGAAAAUUGCCAUACGAUAGCGGAAAUGAUGACUGAAUUUUACGACUCGACUGAUACGACAUCCGACGUUGUGCAUGAUUACACGUGCACGGUAUGUGAGGAGAGAGAACUGAACGCGGAGGCCCGGAUAUACUGUGCAAAGUGCCUUACAAGGUAUUGCGGGCCCUGCAACCAACACCACGCACACCUGUUUGCCAAGCACGAGGUCCUCGACCGAACCGCCCUGGACCGUUGGGGUGUGGUCAGAUCCCGCGUUGGCAUUGAGACGUGUACAGAGCACAUGGGACGGGAGGUGGAAAUGUUCUGUGUCGAUCAUGAGGCCCUGUGCUGUGCAGUGUGCGUGACUGUGGCUCACAGGUCAUGCAAGAACGUCAAAUACCUUCCCAUUGCGGCGAAGGGCAUUCGAGAGAAGGAAGGCUUUAAAAGCAUGCCGCAACGGGUCAACGAGCUGAUGGUGGCACUGGAGGAGAUUAAACAAGACAGGGUGAAAAGCAGCGAUGAUAUUGGAGCCACUGAGGGGAGGAUCCUGUCUUCUAUAGAGGAGUUUCAAGUACGAAUAAACCUAACAAUUGAACGGCUGAAAGUAAACACAAUAGAAUCGAUGGCAGGUUUAACGGGGGCAAGUUAUGACGGCAUUAGAACAGAUGUGCAAACCUGCAAUGUGUUCCUGGAAAGGUUUGAGAAGUACAUGAAGGCGAUGCAAUCUACCUGUAGUAAAAGUGAGGCUGGUUGCUUCACAUGCUACAUGCACUGUCUGGAUUGUGUGACAGAAGCAACGUCUUUCGUUAAAAGCAGCAGAAACGCAAAGUUCGAUGUUUCGUUCGAAGUCGAUAGCACGAUUGAGGAGUUUCUUAAUUCUUUGAAAAGUUUUGGUGAAUUCAAAACAAUGACGAUAAAUAGCACGAAAUGUUCUUAUAUCAAACUUAAAUCAGACGAUAAAAAGUGCAGUAUCGUUGGUUGCUGUCAAGUAAGCGACAAUGCCAUCCUUCUUGCUGAUGAGACAAACAGAAAGAUAAAAUUACUCAAUGACAAGUACUCAAUUGUGCAUUCAUAUGAACUUUCGAGCUGCCCUUGCGGCGUUUGUUGCGUGUCGGAGCGCGAAGCGGCGGUGUGCCUGGAGGUCAGGGCGAUCCAGUACGUCUCCGUCCACGACCAGAGGCUCACGCUCUUGAAACGCUUCUCCGUUGAUCAUGACUGUCUGCGACUGACUUACCACGGCGGCAAGCUCUUUGUGACAUCGGGAACGGCUCUCUAUACGUACACACUAAAUGGUAAACUGGAGAAGAAACUCUAUCAAGGAAAAAAUAAUGCCCUAUAUUUCACCGUUAAUUAUGUGGCCGUGAGUGAAGAUGGACGAAGGAUCUUCGUGACAAAUGCCAACGACGGGGUGCUUGUGACGCUAGACGGUACGGGGACAAUUUUGGCCAUACUACAGGACCCUACCCUCCACGACCCCCGGGGUCUUUGUGUGGGGCCGGGUGGCACGGUCUUAGUGUGCGGCCUUGACUCCGACACACUGCUACACGUAGACAGAGGCGGCCGAAAACUUGCAGUACUCGCCACACAGAGAGACGGCCUGCUGUCUCCGGUGGCCGUGUGUUGGAGACAAGAAAGGUCUGAAAUACUUGUUGGAUGCGGAAACAAUGACUUUCUUAUUAUCAUUCGUCUGAUAUAAUCUGAUAUUCAUAAAAUGAAUUUCCAAGUCUUUUGGAGGCAUUCUCAACGCUUCAAAACACAGCAGACUUUACGUACUAAAUUGGUAAACAGCUAUAUCGCUGUUUUAUAACUGUAUUAAUUUUGCAAUUUUAUACAAAACGACUGGUUGGCCCUGAGCAGCAGAUGAAUCCUAUUGCUUUUGAAGUCAGUGGGUCAAAGGUCAAGGUCGUUGUGACCGUAAGCUGGAAAUACGAAGUUUCCUAAUAAUGGCUGGAAAAAAAACAACGCUUAGGCAUAGAGACCUCGAACUUAGAAGAUGUCACUCCGGCUUUCUUUAAGUCAUGUUUCAAAAACAUUCGCGGCGUCAUUGAUGCUUUGUAUCAAAACGCCUUGUUUUAUUUAUGAUUUCACACGUAAAUUCACCUGCAGUCAUUUGUCUUAUUUGUUGUGCAGCUAACACAAUGGUCUCAAUCGUCCCAAAGAACCAUCGCAGAACGACGUGUUAACUCAGCAUUGUCGCAUUGCACGGGUUUCAAUGGAAAACGUGUUUGAAAUUAUGAAGCGUAGCUUUCCAUGUUCAAGUGUCGACCUUAGACUCGAACUUAUAACUAUUGUUAAGCGUUUGCAGUGCUUCUAAACUACAUCAAGAAGAGAAAUCUGCCCAUGCCCGACGUCGAGCUGGUAGCACCUGAACUGUGAGAUCCGAUGUGCCGGACAACGCUAUCAAACGGUGGCUGAGCUAUUCGCGAUAUUCUGAUAAAUGGGUUCGCGUGACGUCUAGAAUGAAAAUGAUGUUCGACAAACAUUUUUUUUCUAACUUAAUAGUUUUUAAUUGUUUACUUUGUUAUUCAAAACCAUGCAUUUUUCAUAGCAAAUCGAGUGACCAUGUAAAAAUAAAACAAUAGGAUAUGAUAUAAAAUAAAUUAACCUUUAAUUUAAUAAGUAAUGAUUGAAAAAACAAAUGCAUAAAUUUCAUAUGUGUCUGGGCAAAAUACAUUAAAGCAAUUUAUAUAUAAUUUUCAUGCUACUUGCAAAUCAUUUGAUAUGAAAAAUAUCAUAACAUUUAAUGCUUUAGUAUUUCUGUUAAACAAGAUGAUUUAAAAAGCUUAGUUUUGUUUGAAUUCAGCUGUUCCAAUUCACUCUUUAACUUCCUUUUCUUGAGUACAAGCACUUCAUUUCAAGUUUUAGAUUGUUCAUUUUCAUUUCAUGUUCUUUUUUUCUCAUUUAAAUUCACAAAUAGUAUAUAUCAGCAUGCAGUUUUAAAUGCUCAAACUAUUUAACAAUUCUAUCCAUUUUGUAAGAAUAAACAUGUAUACAAAAACAAUAGUGCUAACGCACACAAACAUACUAAUACAUUCGCACACCCAAUCGCACGCAUAAAACAAACACCCAAAAUAACCUCGCGACCACAAGCGCGUUGUUCAUACACGCACUCGUUCACAUGUCCAUACAAGCACUUAUACACAUGUUUAUAUACGCACUCAUACACAUGUUCAUACACGCACUCAUGCACAUGUUCAUACACGCACUCAUGCACAUGUUUAUACACGCACUCAUGCACAUGUUCAUACACGCACUCAUGCACAUGUUUAUACUCACACUCAUGCACAUGUUCAUACACGCACUCAUGCACAUGUUUAUACACGCACUCAUGCACAUGUUUAUACACGCACUCAUGCACAUGUUUAUACACGCACUCAUGCACAUGUUCAUACACGCACUCAUGCACAUGUUUAUACACGCACUCAUGCACAUGUUCAAACACGCAUUCAUACACAUGUUCAUACACGCACUUAUACACAUGUUCAUACACGCAUUCAUACACAUGUCCAUACACGCACUCAUACACAUGUUCAUACGCGCACUCAUAAACAUGUUCAUACACGAACUCAUAUACAUGUUCAUACGCGCACUUAUACACAUGUUCAUACACACAUUCAUACACAUGUUCAUACAUACAUUCAUACAGAUGUUCAUACACACAUUCAUACACAUGUUCGUACAUGCACUCAUACACAUGUUCAUACGCGCACUCAUAAACAUGUUCAUACACGAACUCAUACACAUGUUCGUACGCACACUUAUACACAUGUUCAUACACAGAUUCAUACACAUGUUCAUACACACAUUCAUACACAUGUUCAUACACACAUUCAUACACAUGUUCAUACAUGCAUUCAUACACAUGUUCAUACACGCACUCAUAAACAUGUUCAUACAAGAACUCAUACACAUGUUCAUACGUGCACUUAUACACAUGUUCAUACACACAUUCAUACUCAUGUUUAUACAUGCAUUCAUACACAUGUUCAUACACGCAUUCAUACACAUGUUCAUACGCGCACUUAUAAACAUGCUCAUACAAGAACUCAUACACAUGUUCAUACGCGCACUUAUACACAUGUUCAUACACACACUCAUACACAUGUUCAUACACGCACUCAUACACAUGUUCAUACACGCAUUCAUACACAUGUUCAUACACGCACUUAUACACAUGUUCAUACAUGCAUCCAUACACAUGUUUAUACAUGCACUCAUAUACACGCAAAUACGUGCACUCAUACACAUGUUCAUACACGCACUCAUAAACACGUUUAUACACGCAAUAAUAUACAUGACAUGUCCAUACACGCCCUGAUAUACAUGUUCAUACACGCACUCAUAUACAUGUUCAUACACGCACUCAUAUACAUGUUCAUACACGCACUCAUAAACAUGUUCAUACACGCACUCAUAAACAUGUUCAUACACGCACUCAUAUACAUGUUCAUACACGCACUCAUAUACAUGUUCAUACAUGCACUCAUAAACACGUUCAUACACGCAAUAAUAUACAUGACAUGUCCAUACACGCACUCAUAUACAUGUCCAUACACGCACUCAUAUACAUGUUCAUACACGCACUCAUAAACAUGUUCAUACACGCACUCAUACACAUGUUCAUACACGCACUCACACACAUGCAAUUAUACACACGUUUGUAUGAUGUUCAAACGAUCGAUGUCCAAGUAACAUGCUCAUGUAUUCAAAAUGAAGAAUAUUGGUAUAAGAUAAAGCUCUA